GCUAGUACAGAUGGCCGCCUUUCGGGCGGUAGUUCAACUAGACUGAAGAUAUAGAGCUGGACUGCAACACAUUUUCUGCAAUCGAUCGACCUGGAAAUAGAACAAUCAUAAUAAUGUUUACCCGUAUUUAGCAUUCCGUAUGACUUUAUUCUUUGCUGUACUCUACCACACCACCUUGACUUUUUUGACAUCUGGGUGAUCGAUAAAAACAUUUGUUUUGCUUAACUUUUUUAUAAGAAUAGCAAAUCGCACAAAAUAAAUACCAGUCAUACAAGCACUACAAGUUACAUACAUUAUAUUAUGGGUUAAAUGUAGUGGUUUGCAGUUUAAAUACAUGAAUUAAAAUGUUAGGAAGCUGGUCAGCAAAACAUAUUUUUGCAUUUUGCUUAUUGGAAUUUAUUAACAAGAUCCAGCUAACAAUUCAUAACAGCGAUCAUGGUUUGGUCAAUACAAAUAUGCGAUUCUUUGAUGAGAACUUAUCACAUAUUCAGGAGGAAAUAUCUUCAAUAAUGAGUGAUUUGCCAUUAAAGUUUCAGUUGAGAUUUGAACCACCUUAUUUAGAUUUUAAGCAAAGGACACUGGGUCUUCCCCAUAUGGAAAAAGUUAUUUUACGCAACAUGAAUAAGAACAAAAGCAUUUAUAUGACAUCUAUAUCAGGAAGUAGUGUUCAUUUCCACAGCUCAUUCUUUGAAGACAAAAAAAUAUCGCCUAAUGGGACUACAUCAUUCAAUGUAGUAUUUCUUGGCAGAGAAGAAGGGCAUGUAGAAAGCAACCUGUUCAUACACACUUCAGAAGGAUUUUUGAAGUAUAAUGUCAGAGGUACAAGUACUUUCAAUCAUUAUAGAAUAAAGCCUCUAACUGGGAUUAAAAUGAAGAUGAACACGCCUUUUUCACCCCUUAUUUAUCUGCACAAUCCAUUUUCUGAACCUAUUCAGAUCGUUGAAAUAUAUAGCAGUGGUGGUGGAUUUCAGUUAGAGUUGCCAUCUGGAGAGCAAAAAGGGCCCAGUGAACUGUGGGAAAUUCUGCCUCAUCAAACAAAGGCUGUCAUUAAAGUUCAGUUUCAAGCUAAAUUGGUACAAAAUCAUACUGGUUACAUAAGGAUCAAAUUGAAUUGCCCUUACAAGACAUUAGUUGUGCCUGUUGAAGUAGAAGUGAUUCCUGAUAAAGAGGUAGGCGUAUUUCAUCCACAAGGUGUAUUAGACUUAGGCGUGGGAGGUAGCAAGGACAUGCCACGUGAGAUUCCGCUUUGUGUGCAAAACCCACACACUCGACACGUGCGGAUCGCCUCCGUUGAAGUACAUCCGAAUGCGGGUGAAGGUCGUGGUAUCAGUGUAAGCUAUAAAAACAUCAGCUUACCUCCACGGAUGACGAAUGACCAUGACAAAGGCGUACAUAGGAAUAAGUGUGUUGACAUAGCGACAGUUAGGGUGGAUUGGAGAGCUGCUUACCAAACCAAAGACUUUUCUGGAAAAAUAGUAAUAAAAUAUCCAAGUGGAAAAAAUUCAUCUGAGAUACCAUACUACGUAUCAGUUCUAAAAGGAGGAUUAAGUUUCAACCAAACAACUACUUCAUAUUUCAUGAACAAAGCGAUAGAUUUUUCUGAGAGGACUUUCAGGGCUAAAAAUGAAUAUGAGUUUCCUCUCAAAAUAACAAAUGUCGUCUUUCCACCAGUGGCACACAAGUAUUUCAAGAUUGAUAUAUUGACACCGAAGGUCUUGGAUUUAGGAGAGGAAGCAGAUCUGUUUAGGCUGCAGCUGAAACCUACUACUAACCUCACCGAUAUUCAGCUACACUCGGCUAUUACUUUAGAAACGGAUGUUUCAGAUGUUGCAGUAUCUUUGUUGAGCUACAAUGGUAAAGUGAAAAUUCAUUUGCCAUUUAGCUCUAAGGAUGAUGUUCUAAAUGUUGGACUGUUAAGCUACAAUGCGACGAAAGAAGUAUAUUUUUCAAUCUUCAACCCGAAUCCUGUACCUAUAGACCUGAAGAAAAUUAGAUCUGCAACGUCAGGUGCUUCCGCUGAUAUUUACGGAUGUGGUUCAGAUGAUUACAGAUUGGUUUUGUUCCAGCCGUCUUUUCCUAACAUCUUCAAAUGUAAUAAUAUCAAGCCUAAUCACUACGCUCUUGUAAAAGUAACACUGAAUGCAACAAAUGCGGAGGGUAAAAUGUGGGGAAGUAUCUUCAUCGAAACUCAGUUUGAGCUGUUGUCAAUUCCAGUAAUUUUUAAAGUUGCACAUGGAAAGUUGGAUGUUGGUCCAGACCUCAUUUUUGACCAGUGCUUUCCAGCAAAGAUUUGUACACAUCCCUUACAUGUGCAUUCGACGUUCAGUGAAUCAAUGGUGAUCGAGGAUAUACUUACCUUACCUAGUGACAAAAGGGUCACAAGCAGACACACGGGUCAUAUAUUGGGGAAGUCAUCAAAGACUAUUGGGCAUCUAUUUUUGAAUCCUGAUUCAGAUUGUCAGCCGAAUUGUUACACGGGCCUGCCAGCAAAUAUGUCAACCCAGUGGUUGAAAACAUUCUCACUUCCAAGGCUUGUUGCAGAAUAUGACAGCAAGUUGUUGAAUUUAUUGUACACAAGAUACUCGAAACUCACUUCUAGUGGAAUGCAAAAAUGGCAUAACUUGACGUUGAGGCUUGACACCUCAGAAAUUAAAGGCCACAUAUUCAAAACUAGAAUCCAAAUGAUUUGGCCAACUUUAUUUUUGACACAGCAAAACAAACAUAAUAGAACCGUAAGUCUGCCUUUGACACAGUUGGGGAAUUCGUCUUAUCAAAAUAUUACUCUGCACAACCCAGCGAGUCACAGUGUGAUGAUACAGAUAGUUUUGGAUAGAUAUUAUCCAGAAUAUGAGAUUAUAUCCAAAACGUUACCUUCAAAAUUGAUACCAUUCCCGCCUGAACAAACUUCUACCAAUUUCUUCUUCCACAAUGAUACUAGGCAUAUCCGAUACUAUUCUGUUUUUGACGAUCUAGCCAUAAAAGUUUGUCCAACAUGUAUUGCUCUUUUAUUACCUCCUGGUCAGAGUCAAACAAUUCAGGUUGGAUUCCACGCCACAGAUCUGAACAUACAUUCAGCGCUUCUAUUUUUGAGAAAUAAUCUAACGAUCUUGGAAGCUAUCAAACUUACAGCUCAAAGUGCGUUACCCUCUUUCAAAUUCGGUAAUCGCAAACCGGGCUCAGUUCAACCGUUAUCGUUUGAUAUGACUGAUAAACAUAUGAAAGACUGUGAAAAGGAAAAAGAUACAUCACCUAACUUGACUGUUAAGAGAACAUUUACGGCUAGAAAUACAGGAGAAUUGCCCGUUUAUGUGCACAGUUUCCAUAUAAAUGAUCUCGAAUGCGAAGGAUAUGGUUUCAGGGUAAUAGAAUGUGAGCCAUUCGUUCUGCCUCCAAAUGGAACAAAGAAAAUCGACAUAGCUUUCACCCCUGAUUUAACGUUGACAAAAGUAUUCAGAACACUGAUUCUAGAAACCAGUCUCAAUAUACAAGUGAAUUACACGUUACAUACAACAAUUCCAUUGGCAUAUUUAGAUAUGUGCAUAAAGGCCAUCAAAGGUCCAUCUUGGGAGAGUAAGCUCAGCUAUAUAGCAAGCAAUAUAAUGUAUUUCGUUUUUAUAUUAUGUAUUUGCUUGGCCAUGAUCGAUGCGAAGAGAACGAAAAAAAUUGCUAUCACUUCAUUUGCUUUGCCCAACGGAUCAACUGUACAAUCUGUUUUGGAUUUAAGAUUGGUUGGGCAGCAAGUCAGAGAGGAAAUACAGUCGCCGAAAGUUGAUCGUACGACAAAUGAAGAAAAAAAUGAUUUAGGGAGUGAAUCUCAACGGACCAAAGAAGACGAUGAAAUUAUUGAUAAGACGCCUUGUCAGAAGCAGACGACUUUAGUUUUUGCAACAGGAAAAACCAAAAAGAAGUUGAAAAAGAGGCGCAACAAAGAGCAUACAGACGAGCCGAAUGAGGAGGUAACGGACAAGACUUUUAAGACUGAUGAAACUACUACAGAUACCAAAGAAGAAAGAGUGGAAAGAGCAGAGGAAGAAGAAUACAGUUUGCAAAGGCAUGGAGAAAUCAAGAAAUCGUUUACUCCUAAAAGAAAAAGUGCCAGAAACAACGUCCAAGUUUACGAUGAAGAAUAUGAAUCAGGCACUAGUGAUUCUGGCAGUAAUGGCGAGGAAACUGAAAAACAGAGGAAGACCUGUUCAAAGUUACGAUUUAAAUCGAAGGUUGAGAAACGUGAAACUAGCGAUGAUGAAAACGAGGACAAUGAUAGGUAUGAAGUACAGAAGCAUGUUCCAUCAACUGAGAUAACUUCAGUACGCAGAAUGAAAAAAUAUCCUCAAAAACAGUUGGAGAAUGUCAAAAAGGAUUUAAACUUUUCAACGAAUUCAACAUCACACAGCCAAAAGCAAGCUAAGAACGUCAAAGUUAAGGACAGAUGUAUUAAAGAACGCAAGGAGAAAGUGAAAUUCACCAGUAAAGUAACGGAAAAAAUCAAACACGUUGAAAAGUUGAAACAAAACGACUCGACUGCUGCUGAGAAAAGCAGGAGUACCAGCAACUUCAGCUUGCCAGUGUGGACGGACGGUAAACCAAAGUUAGGAUAUGUGGUAGGCCAGACAGAACCCAGUAAAAUUCCUUCUAUGUCCUCAGCUUUUGGUACCAGUAAAACUCACAACAAACAGAAACCUACGGUGUUUGUUGAGCCAUACAAACAAACAUUUACAGACCUAGGGCCAAUUGGCUCGAGACGCGUCGAUCAAAAUCGUGAUGAUAACCAAGACUUUCGCCCAGUGAGACCAACUAACUUAGAAACGCCCAAUGAAGCUGACAGUUUCAGUAACAUGCGAAUGGUAGGUGAUCUUAUCGGUCAGAGACAGUUACAGACAAAUAAGUUUCGAAAUGAAGGUAGAGUGGUCGGAGAGGCCCAAAGGCGAGAGGUUCCAAAGAGCGUAGAUCUUGACGAGUUGUACAGCUGGCAAAACUUAGAGUAUGGGAGACUGUUGGAUGAAGUCAAGCAGGAGAGACAACUGAAGUCAAGUGGCAGUGGUGAUAGCAGAUGGCCAACAGAAAAUGUUGGACAAAUACCAGCUUACAACAAUGCUACUGAUGUUGCCAUGCCUGACACAAACAUUAGAGCCAACUUUGUGGGAGAAUUGGAAACUACCUGGGAUCAUCAGAGUUAUUCAAAUACUAUGAUGGAGCCUAUUGAAAGUACCAAAUCGACUUUAGAAGAUCUUUGGAAACAGAAUCUGCUUGAUUCAAGUUCAUACUGGGCGAAUUCAACUCAUUUAUCAAACGAUAGUCCGCUAACGCCUGAUUAUUCAACAACCAACCCUUCGUCGGGUUAUUUGUGGGGCUCAUCUUCUGUGUGGCAACCAUGGACGCCUUAUACAACGCCAACUAGGUCGCCGCCAGGCUUCGAUAAUGUUCAACAACGAGGAAAUAGAGACGAGGACAAACAGCAGCAGGAUAGCAUUAAUCCUUUCGACAUACCAAACUCAUGGACCCAGAAACAAAAUAGUCCGUGGGACUACCCACAGGAACAAUGAUUUAUAAAAGCUUAUGCACCUAAUGUAUACCCUAUGAUGGUUUCCUAAAUAAAUGUUGUGAAGCAGGCAUAAAA